AAAAAAAAAAAAAUUCCGCCCAAGGUUACAGAGCUGCUUACCAUUGAUCCUCUUCUCCUCAUUAGCAAUUUGACUCGAAAUAGCUACAACUACCAAGGUACCCCAGACCUGGGUUUUAAAGUACCUAUAGCAAAAACAGUUCUUUCACCAACCGCACCCCACGAAAAACGCCACACUUUUUUCAACAACCUCAAGUCUCCCCAAAAAAACAAUAACACACCACCACAAAUUGCAGCAAUCGCGGCCCUCAAACUCCCUCCAGUAGCCGCAAUGGCCGCACUAGCUUCAGCAGACAAGUACUCUUCGACGGUGAUACUGUCGACGAGCCUGGUCGCGCUCGUCUCCGGUUUCCUGCUGGGCGUCUACAGCAUCCGCGGCUACCUCUUGUCGCCCGAACUGGUCGAGGAGCGUCGCCGCAACUUUCGCGACCCCGAGGAGAGCGAGGAGUCCGACAUUGACGAGGACGACACCAUCCUCGACCACGCCCCCAACUGGAGCAAUGGAGCCGAGGCCGACAGGAGGGAUGGUCUGCGCGUGACGGCGGCGGGGGCGGCGGCGGGGAAGAAGGACAAGAAGUCGGCGGCUGCUGGUGGUGGUAAAGACAAGGAUGCGGUAGAGGUCAGCGCUGGUGCCGACGAGAAGGAGGAGUGCAAGCUUGUGUUGGUGGUGAGGACGGAUCUGGGCAUGACUAAGGGCAAAAUCGCCGCCCAGUGCUCCCACGCAACCCUAGCCUGCUACAAGGUUCUGUCGCGCGCCGCAACAAAGUCCGACGCCGCCGCCCGCCUGCUCCGCCGUUGGGAGCGCAUGGGACAGGCCAAGAUCGCCCUCCAGGUCAAGAGCCAGGAGGAGCUCGAGGAGCUGCAGGGCGUUGCGCACAGCCUGGGCGUCACGGCCGAGGCCAUCCACGACGCCGGCAGGACCCAGAUCGCCGCCGGCAGCAUGACGGUCCUGGGUGUCGGCCCCGCGCCCAAGAGUCUGGUCGAUCAGAUCACGGGCAAGCUCAAGUUGCUGUGAGUUGUUUGUCUGUUCGAUUUGGUAAAAGAAAAAAAAAAGGGUUGAUGUUUUGUUUUGGUGGUUUUGGGCGGGAACUUAUUUUUAUCAAGGUGCCGGAAGGGCGUUUGGCGGGCUAUCCUUGGUGUUUGUCGCCUUUGGAACUGGUGUGUUACGAGGGGUCAACGCGCAGCUUUUAUCAGCCUUGAGCAGUCAUUGCCUCGCAUCAAAAUUUAAGGCCGCAGCGCCCAAGAAUUCAACGCGGGGAAAAAAAGUUACAUUGCGCUUGUUCACAAUAGACAGAGAUACCAUAUAGAGCAUACGGGCUUCAACAAGA